AUGCCAUCUUCGUCCGGGUCAUUCCGGGCCAUGCUAGUGGCUCUAUGGGUUAUUUUCGCUCUUUUACCCGGCUUUUCUGACGGCCAUUCGAGGUCUAUCGUACGUCGUAGACAGUUCAAAAACUCAUCGCCGGCCACUAAAGCAUUAUCGCUUUGUGGGCCAAACUGUCCCUCGUGCGCUGUCAGCUUAAACGCUCCACCCAAACUUUCGACUGCUAAAAACGGGGCAAAGGGUGGAUCACUACCUAAGCGGGUGCUAGCAAAACCAGAGGAUGAGGAUUUCGGAGGGGAUGUCGAAUCGUUCUUGGUGAGCCAAUACAUGAGAGCGGAUUGGGUGCCUCAUGGUAACCAGGGUCUGCCAUCAGCUCUGUUCAAGGAGUUAGGAAAUAAGAAGUUCAACUUAGCAGUGCGCGAUCUAUGGGGAUGUGCCUCGGUGGUAGUGGUUUCAGAAAAGGGGAUAUGGAUGUCACAUAUCUGGGAAAAUCCCUCAUUCGGUAGAGAAGUUCUAUCUAAUAGAUGGGCGCCCAGUGAAGACAACGUGUUCAUAAACACUGUCCUCAAACCACUGGCCGAUGGCAAUGAACAGAUGCCUGGUCUGACACAGUUUACGCAGGGCAAUGGUGCAUUCAUCGCUGAGUAUAAGCCAUUUGCUUAUAUCUUCUACCCGUCAUGGUCCCGACACGCUCAGUAUGACCGUGUAUAUACGGCUAGGAUCAAUGAUAUUAGCCACAAACUCGAACGGCUCCUUCCACUGAGCGUACCGCCCCUCAUUUACCAGUAUGACCGCGCUGGAGGCGAUCUCCUGUCGUCAAAAGGAAAGGUUCUGUUUCAAUACGAGCCUAACGAAAGAGUGACACAGACCAAGAAUGGCCCACUGCAACAAGCAGUGAAUCGCAUAUGGUUAGAGAAUCGCCCAAUGUAUGUUCAUCAGAGAUACUGGCCUGCCUGGCCCCUGCAGAGGUCUGCUGGCAAUGCCAAUGCGAAACGGGAUACCUCGCCUCGUCCGACGAUUGCAAUACCAAACGCGACGCUUAGUUGUCCGGAGACUACGGUUACGCCCCAAAUCAUCCCAGCUCUAGAUAGAUUGGUCAUCGAUGACCGCAGUGAGACUUCUACUGCAACUCGGAACAAGAGACCAAUUGCGUCACCAAUGUCUGAGGCCCAGCUGGACAGUCACAUCACCAUCUAG